CUCCGUGUAACUGACAAGCGAAUAAAAAAAAAGAGAAUCGAAUCUGUUACACGAAGAGUCGAGAAAGCGUCAUCGAAUAUUUUCACGAAUCUCGUCGAUGUAAGAAAUAAUUUUCCGUCAGGAACGAUUCAGUGAGAUUUUGCAAACUGCAACGAUGGCUAAACUCGGUCCGCAAAAGGAGUCAGAAAUGGUAAUCGUAUUAAUAAAAAAAAAAAAAAAAAAAAAAAAUACCAAGUUUUUCAUUCAUUUCUAAUCAAGGAAACAUUUGUUAGAACGAGGAAGACGCGCGCUUGCAAGAAGAGCUGUACCAGUUGGUCGAUGUACUGAUGGUAAUAAUAACGCUAUAUGCGAUUCACUUUCUUAACCUAAUAACUGUCAUAGAUACGCAUGUAAUUACAUUACAUAAAGCGUUAGCUGGUAAAACAAUUUCAAAUUCAAAUCCAAUCGUUACCUAAGUCAAAACUUCAAAACUUUGUCGACAAACAUCGAUCGCAUAUUUUAAUUAAAAUUCGAGGGGAAAGACGAAGAUGCAAUGUUGAUAUCCCUGAGUCAACUUCGAUUGUUGAUGCAAACCUCGACAACGUCGAUGACUUCCGUACCAAAACCCCUCAAGUAUUUGAAGAACUCGUACAAUGAUAUGAAGAACGCGCAUAAAAAGAUUCGAAGGAGGGACGUGAAACGGCAGUUCGCGGAAGUGUUGAGCGUAUUAUCGAUGGCUGGGGCCACGCCUGGUUCCAAAGAAUGUCUGCGAUAUUGCACCGAUGGUGAAGUGACGAACCCUGGUGAGUGGGGCCACGAAUACGUCAGACAGCUCGAAGCUGAAAUUGUAGACGAGUGGACGAACGCUCCUGUAAAGGACGAGGACCGUAUCAGAACACAGCUCACUCCUUUGGUAAACAGUAUCAUAAAAUUCGACAUGAAGCACAACGCCGAAAUACCUGGAUGCGAUCUAUGCUUGGAGAUCGAUCAAUUGAGCUUUUUAAACGAAAGUUUGAAUAGUACGAAUUAUGAGAGGGUUUGUCGGUAUCUGGAGAGUUGCGCGGUCUACAGCGAGGAUAUCGAAAGAAGACAAAUAUUGCAGACCGUGGUCGACCAUUAUCUACGAUUCCAAGAAUAUUGCAAAGCAAUGUUAGUAGCCCUUCAAUUGGGAGACUCGGAUCUUGUGUACAAAUGUCUCACCACCUGCCCUGACGAAUUAAUGCGAAAACAAUUGUCAUUUAUACUCGUAAGACAAAGGGAGAAUCCAUUGAAGAAGGAUUACGAAGGAGGCGAUGCCAAGGAUAUCGAAGCUAUCUUAAGCAACGGUCACGUCAAUAAUCAUUAUCACUUGCUCGCGAGGGAACUCGACAUUCUGGAACCCAAACACCCGGAUGACAUUUACAAAACCUGGCUAGAAACUAAUACCCUGAGACGAGCGGAAUACGACUCAGCCAGGGCCAACCUAGCAGCUACGUUCGUUUCCGGUUUCGUUCACGCUGGCUUCGGUCAGGACAAACUGAUGGCGAACGCCGCCGAUUGCUGGGUCUAUAAAAAUAAGGAGCACGGAAUGCUGUCGGCAACCGCUUCUUUGGGACUGAUACACAUGUGGGACGUAGACGGUGGUCUGGUACCGAUCGACAAGUAUCUCUACACCAACGAUCACAAUAUCAAAGCAGGCGCUUUACUCGCGAUAGGUUUGGUUAACUGUGGUGUUCGCAACGAAUGCGAUCCAGCGUUGGCGCUCCUCAGCGACUACGUGUAUUCCGAAAACGUUACACUGAGAAUCGGAGCAGUUUUAGGACUGGGUUUGGCCUACGCUGGCUCGCAGAGGUCUGAUGUUACGGAACUUUUAACAGGAGUAUUGGCAGACGAAGCAAGUACCAUGGAAAUUGUGUCUCUCGGAGCAAUCGCGAUAGGUUUGAUAAACGUUGGCUCUGCCGACGCUGAAGCCUCGUCGAUACUUUUGCAGAGAUUCAUAGAGCUUACACCUCAAAAGCUGUCUAGCACCUACUCCAGAUUUCUACCGCUGGCGCUGGGUAUGAUCUACAUGGGUUGCCGCGACAUCAUAGACGCACCUUCAGCUGCGCUUGAAGUCUUACCUGAUCCUUACAAGCUUGCUGCACAGACUAUGCUGGAGGUGUGUGCAUAUGCCGGUACAGGAGAUGUAUUGAUCGUUCAAGGACUAUUACGAAUUUGUUCGGAACCGGCGAACGGUGAAGGCGUUCCCGUCACCCCGGUUAACAGUCCUACGAGCUGCUGCUGCGAUCAACGGUCUCGAAUCAUCGAAUCUUCUGAGAAGAGAACAAAAGAGAAAUUAGAGGAGGAGCAUGCAGAAUCAAAGGAUAUUGGAUCGACGCAGGCCAUAGCUACCUUGGGUGUCGCUGCCGUUGGAUUAGGAGAGGGAAAAGAGGACUCGAGGAUCUUCGGACAGAUAGGAAGAUACGGUCCCACAGCUGCGAGACGCGCAAUGCCACUCGCUCUAGGUCUAUCCUUUUUGUCAAAUCCAGACUUGUCAGUCUUGGAUGUACUGAACAAAUACAGCCACGACAACGAUUCUGACGUAGCUAACAAUGCGAUCUUUGCUCUCGGUCUUGUCGGUGCUGGGACGAAUAAUGCGCGUCUCGCCACUAUGCUGAGGCAACUAGCCUGUUACCACGCGAAGAAUCCCACGCACCUAUUCCUCGUUCGAAUUUCCCAGGGCUUGGUCCAUCUUGGCAAAGGUACGUUGUCCAUAUCUCCUUUGCGAUACGCUUCCAAGGUGUUGGACAAGGUCGCCUUAGCUGGAUUACUGGUAGUCCUGGUGGCGUUUCUCGAUUGUCAAAAUCUGAUCCUAUCGAAAUCUCAUUAUUUGAUGUAUUGUCUGGCGCUUGCAAUGGAACCUAGAUGGUUGGUCACCCUGGAUGAAAAUUUGCAGAGUCUACCGGUGUCUGUGAGGGUUGGAAAAGCUGUAGACAUCGUGGGCAAAGCUGGCAAUCCUAAAUCCAUCUCUGGUGGAUACGUUCACACGACACCAACGUUGCUUUCCUCCGGAGAAAGAGCAGAACUUGCUCUAGACGAGUACGAGGCGUUGUCCAGCGUUUUGGAGGGUUUCGUUAUUCUUCGAGAGAAAUCGAACGUUUCCUAGAUUUCCCGCUGGAAUAAUAAAAGACAGUGGAUAAUAAAAGAACACGCCAGAUUGCGAAAGGCAACGCUGGGACAAGUGAUUUAUUUAUUUCAUGAGAUAGUAAUAAGAAAUACGGUCGACAGAAGUGUAUUAUGUAAGGCGAAGAAAUUACUAGGAACCAAAGUGCGAACGACGAAUCGUUUAUAUGAUAUAUCGUAAUGUAUAAUUUUCCAUGCUGUUUUUAAUAAAAAGUAGGAGUAGAAUUUUCGAGAAAAAACAUUCGUUUGAAGAAAAUCUUGUACAAUAACGGAUCGAUACCACACAUGUUUGUAACGCAUCACUUUGACAACGACGAGACGUGGAAAGUACGCAAGUGAUACGAGCAAAGGUUCGAUCGCGUCGUUGAAUGCAUCGAUAAGAAUGCGAAGAGACGCGUGAAUACUUUUUAAUAGGUGUAGGUUUGCGUUCAUUUAACUCGAGGGACUAGCGGAAGCAAUGUGCUCUAUACAACAGAAAUAUACAUUGGUUCGCAUUGCACGGUAAUAUACGACACGGUGCACCAUGAUCUGACAGCGGUCACUAAAUUAAAAUAUAUCAUUAACGUAUCACUCUUGUUCGAUUAAAAACGAGCCGGAAAAACGCGAUAGGACAAAGAAAACGAGAUGAAAAAACGUAAAAAAUGAUGCACGAUCGCACGAAAGAAACGAAAGUAACGUCGAGUAACGAUCGAAAUUUGGCUUCUAUUGAUAGAACAUUGCAAAUGAAAGAGGAAUAUUGCAGUUUAUUGGUUCUGAAAGUGUGUACAAAAGCGGACAGCUAGGAAACGAGAAACGAUAUCACGCGGAUAAGAGAACUCUCUGUUCCUGUCCCUUUUCGUUUGCUCUGCUAAAUAUACGCACAAAUGAUAUAUUCUUUCACGCAGAGUACAUGGUUACUUUUCUCCUUAAACUUUUUGUUUUUUUUUUUUCUCUUCGUCUGGUGAGUUCGCAAAGUCGCAUUGCACAAGAUCAUGGAGCACGUUUCCAUCUUUUCGUAACGAAGCCGUGAGAAAAACACUGCAAGAAAUUUCACGAACGUACGCAACGCGUACUUUAUCGAAAGUGUUCUCUCACGACUUCGCGUGUUCAGAAAUCUCCGCCGACUUUUAUAUAUAGGCACGUAUGACUCAGGGCAAGGCGAAAUGUAGAAUAAAAUGUAAUUUUCAGCUCGUUCAAAGGACGCACAUUCCCGCGUGUAUGUUUCUCCCACCAGAUCGAAAACGCACCCCUUCCCCAUCGUUAUUUCUUUUUUUUCUUUUUUCUUACGUUUUUCAUUACGUUGUAAAGUUGCGACCGGUUCUGAUAUAGGUUACGCUCCACGAAAUCGUACAAAAAUUUGUAUCCCGUUGGAUCAAAUUUAGCAGUUGCAUUUCAACGUACGCACACCUUUUCUUUCGCGUCUUCAGCUUGCCGCCUGACAUACUCGCAUAAGGUAGAACAACUGGCUGUGAUAAAUGUUAUUUUUUUCCCUUUUUUAUCUUCCCGUUCCUCUAUAAUUUUCGUUCAUCCAAAUACACAUAGAUACGUUCGCGAUAUAUAUAUAUAUAUAUCUCUAAUCGCCCACACUGCAGAACUCUUUUUCGUGUAUCGUCGAUACGAGUCAAGGGAAAUCGAGUUAAGGAAAAUCUUACACCUAUGUAUAGUAGUUUGCCAACAGAUACGUCGUUUGCACGCAUGUGUUGAAAUAGUGAAACAACAUGCAAAAUUGACGAUAAUAUUUAAAUACGUUGAUAAUUACGUCAUCCGGCAAGCUGAACUUCCUAUCUACUUACAUGUAUCUUAAAUUUUUCAUGUUGCUUAUAGUAAAAUAUAAUAAUAAUAAUAGUUAAAAAUUAAUAAUAAUAAUAAUAAUAAUAAUAAUAGCGAUAGCUCCUAUGAUAGCAGGCAGCGCGUUCGUGUUAUAACCUUUUGCAAAUAGUAAAUGUGUUCUGUGAUUCAAGCGAAUUCUCAAAAUGGUGUAUAUACGUAUCUGAACGUAUAUAUAUAUAUAUAUAUAUAUACACACAUAUAUAAGUAUAUAUAUACAUAUAUAUAUAUAUAUACACACAC